CACUUAGAUUCUACUGCCGUAAACUACUUUACCUGUUCAGUUUUGCCCAAAAGUAAAGGGAAGAAAACACAAGCGUGAGGUGCUCGUCAUGGCAUACAGGCAUAGCGGGCGGGUUGAGUCUAUAAGGUUCUCAUGUGUUAUUUAAGAGCGCAGCGCCGCCCGCUCAUUUCUCAUUGUUUAGCUAAGAGUUUGAACGAACGACUGCAAAUCUACACACAAAGAGAGAGAUGGCAGAAACCGCCCCAGCCGCAACCGCCCCGCCGGCCAAAGCACCCAAGAAGAAGUCCGCUGCCAAAGCCAAGAAAGCAGGUCCAGCUGUCGGUGAUCUGAUCGUUAAAGCCGUGUCCGCGUCGAAGGAGAGGAGCGGUGUGUCUCUCGCCGCCCUGAAGAAAGCUCUCGCUGCCGGCGGCUACGACGUGGAGAAGAAGAACUCCCGCGUGAAGCUCGCUCUCAAGAGCCUGGUGACUAAAGGCACUCUGGUGCAGGUCAAAGGAACCGGCGCUUCUGGAUCCUUCAAGAUCAACAAGCAGCAAACCGAGACCAAGAAGAAGCCGGCGAAGAAAGCAGCUCCUAAAGCGAAGAAGCCCGCGGAAAAACCCCGCCUUGCCAAGAAGCCCAAGAGCGCAGCGGCAAAGAAGCCCGCCGCUAAGAAAUCCCCCAAGAAGGCCAAGAAACCCGCCGCUGCAGCCGCUAAGAAGACCACGAAGAGCCCCAAGAAGACAAAGAAACCCGCAGCGCCUAAGAAAGCAGUCAAGAGCCCCAAAAAGGCCAAGACUGCCAAACCCAAGACGGCAAAGCCUAAAGCUGCCAAGCCUAAAAAGGCAGCUCCCAAGAAGAAGUAAAAAACUUCUGUUUUAUUACCCAACGGCUCUUUUCAGAGCCACCCACAAACUCAAGUGAAAGAGAUAAACUUAUGGUGCUGUAAUUGAAUCGAUCUGCUCUUUUAAUCAUUACAGAAAUGAAAUAUCUGAAAUGCUUAAGUUUAAAGAAUUGUUUUACCACUUUUGUUAACCUUGCAAUGUUACACACACAUCGCCUGUGCCCUUGGAAA